UGAACGUGUUUGCUCUUCCAGGACCUGGGCGUCUCGCUCGCGUUCAGCCAUUGAGCCUCAGUGUGGGCCUGCGGUUGUGCUGACAGAGAGGCGCGUGUGCGACUCGUUAUUCCAAAUGCUCGCGUUUUAAUCGCGUUGACGACCUCGAGGCGGCGAAGUCGGUGGGCGUUUUGCGCAAAGGCCGUGGAAUCAUGUCUGGAGCGGCCGCGGGAGGCUCCCUGUGUUUGGGCGCAGCGGCGGCCGGUUGCAGCUCCGCCGGCUCCUCCUACAGCCCCGCUGCCGGAGGAGGCGCGGGCGUCGCCGGGCGGCUACCGGUGCGGGUGCUGGAGCAUAUAUUCUCCUACUUGGACCUCUUCGAUUUGAUGCGGUGCUCGCUCGUGUGCUGGCACUGGAACAAUAUACUGUCGGAUGAAAACAGCGAGGUGUGGCGCAGCCUGUGCUCGCGGUCCCUCAGCGAUGAAGCUCUGCGGUCAGACAUCCUGUGUAACCUCCCCACAUACAAGGGAAAACUCAAAGCAUACCAGCACGCUCUGAGCUCCCACGACUGCUCCCGAAAUGUUUACGUCAAGAAGAACGGCUUCACCCUGCACCGGAACCCCAUCGCCCAGAGCACGGACGGAGCGCGGGGGAAGAUCGGCUUCUCCGAGGGCCGUCACGCGUGGGAGAUCUGGUGGGAGGGGCCUCUGGGCACCGUCGCUGUCAUCGGCAUCGCCACCAAGAGGGCGUCCAUGCAGUGUCAGGGCUACGUGGCCCUGCUGGGCAGCGAUGACCAAAGCUGGGGAUGGAACCUCGUCGACAACAACUUGCUCCAUAAUGGAGAAGUGAAUGGGAACUUCCCGCAGUGUAACAAUGCACCGAAAUAUCAGAUCGGCGAGAGGAUACGUGUGAUUCUCGACAUGGAUGACAAGACUUUAGCCUUUGAGAGGGGAUUUGAGUUCCUGGGUGUAGCGUUCCGAGGACUUCCCAAAGCCUGUCUUUACCCUGCCGUCUCUGCAGUGUAUGGAAACACUGAGGUCACCAUGGUGUAUCUGGGGAAACCUCUGGAUGGCUAGAAGAGAGGACCACCUCUCACGACCUUUGAUCCACCUCCGUCGAACUACACAAAGCCAAUUUAAGGGGCUGCUUCUUCUCACACUAGACAAGGAGGAGGAUCUCAGCGUCACUCCAGAGGGGAGGAUGUUUGGACUGGAUAAGCUAAAGAGACAAGAGAUAUGAACUGCCAUAAGCAUACUCCACUCUCCGCAGAGAAAUGUCAAUUUAACUUUGAAAUGUUUUUUUAUAACUUAUUUUAAUUACAGGUCAAACGUGCUGAAAAAAUAGUUGUGAGGAGGCCAAAGCGACAUGUGGCAAAUGUGGAAUAUUAUAAAUAAUUUUAGAGAGACAACACCUAUGAAAUCUAGCUAUUUUAACUUGGUGGAUUUAAUUUGCACCGACUAGAGAUGCCAUGUUUAACUUGAUCAAGUAUAAACACACAUGCAUGUGCGCUGACACUUUUACAGGCCCGUUUAUGAGUAGGUGCCCACGUCAUGUCAUUCUGUCAUUUUUAUCAUGCAACACUAUUUAUUCUGGAUUCUGUCAAUGGUACUACAACUAGUGUCUGGUGAUAAUCUGAAUAAAAAUAAUAUGGUGCCAGUGUUCACGCUUCAGCCUCAGUGUUAUUUCACUGCCCCAUUGUGCCACCCAAUAUCAACUUAUGCUCUCGAUGCUUUCAUUUAAAAUAAUAAUAAUAAUGCCAGGGUUUAAAUGGAAAACAAUUUAUCCACAUUUAUGUCUGUUUAUUUUUCUCAUAUUUUCUUUAUUCGGUUGCGUUUAUUAUUGCUGUACUUUCCACUGUUAGCAUUCCAUAUUGUGUGUUGUAUUAUAGAAAAAAAAUAUGUACAGGGCGCAUCUUUUUGUGUGACUAUAUUUUUGUUGUUUCUCUACAAGACGACCGUCACAGAUUGUCCACCAGAGGGUAGUAUUCGUGCACCAGAGACUAAUACACCAACACCGCUCAUACUUCUAGGGCCGCACUGUCCUUAAGUCAUUUGCUAUACUAUUUGGAACUGAACCGGUCAGAUGAUUGACAAUGGGAUCUCCAGGGCGUCUGUUUAACUACAGCUUCUGAGAGUCCCCAAAUUCAUUUUUGAUACAAUAAUAAUUCACAAGGCCCAGUGUCCAGAUCUGACACGUUACGGACGCGAUGAAGUAACACAUGAUGAAACACUUUGUGAUGUGUGAAUUCUUCUGAAACAGAAUUGUGGUCAGGGUAGAGCUGGUGUGAAUUUGAAAUACUGCUGAAGUCAUCCGCACGCUCAUUGUUUUUGAAAGAGGAACGACGGUUUACAAUUGACCACUGGUCAUGGCGGGUGAGCAAUUGACUUUAGAAUGAGGCUGGGCAGCACCAGGUAAAAGUUGCAACAUGGCGGAGCUCUGAGGGACCUCCAGCCUCCAUCACCAUCCAUGGGCCGGAGAUGGAAAUCCAGACUGUUACCAAGGAAGCCAGCACACUCCUCUCCAGAGUUGGAUUCUGGGAGGGUACGUGAAGGCUGCAGAGGCCAACAAGUUGAGCUCUGGCUCUGAUAUUGGAAGGAAAGUGGACUGUGUGGAGGAGAUGAUGGAGAGGAGGACUACCCUCACUAAUAACCUGAGGGGCUUUCAACGCAUCUGUGUGCCAGAGACAAGGAGACUCUAAAAUAAAGCGUGACAUUCACAGGACUAGUUUCUGAAUGAUUCUAUUAUUUGCUACUUUUAACAUUCAGUUCUCAGCU